AUGCCGGUGAGGUUGAGGAUGAGAUGGACCGCCUACGCCGGGGUUUCCACGGCACUGGCUGCUGGCGUAGUCCUCAAAGCCCUCGCGCAACGUCCCAAUUUCUACUCUGCCGCCGUCUACCUUUCUCAGUCCUCUGCAAACCUGAUGAUCCUGACCAACCUCCUCUUCGUCGUGGCGUGCACCUUUAUGCUCGGACUCCAGAAGCUCCUCUAUGGAAGCCUCCGGCCAAUCGAGAUUGAGCAGUUGUAUGAAAAAGCAUGGUUCGCCGUUACUGAAACAUGUCUGGCGAUGACUGUCUUCCGAGGCGAGAUUGGCCUCACGUUCCUCGCCAUGUUCUUCGCCCUCCUCACGGGCAAAGUAUGGGGAUGGAUUGGUGAAGGUCGAGUCGAAGUGCUUGAGCAACAACCGCCGAGAAAUCCGAGACUCUUUCAUACGCGUCUCGCUUUAAGCCUGGGGUUGAGCGUGGCUUUUGAUCUGACCAUGCUCGAAUACGUGGUGAAUCAAGUCAUGAGGAUGGCCCGACCGGACAUGAUGGUGAUGUUUGGAUUCGAAUUUGCGGUGCUAUCCAUCAUGAGCGUCAGUACUGCAAUGAAAUAUGCCAUCAAUCUCGUGGAAAUUGGAAUCGUCCGUGAACAGAAGCGAACACGCAUCGAAGAGAUCAAGAGGGAGAGAGCACAAGCAGCUGUGUCAGAAUUUCAAGCCGCUCAAAGCCGGCAGGCGGAAAACGCGACCAUUUCAAAUGCCUGGGAUCAGCCAACAACGACACCAACACCCACUCAGCGUACCGUUGAGCAGGUAUCCCAGGAAGCCUUCAACCAGCCAGUGGAUGACAAUGAGGUUGAAGUUGAAGGCUGGGAGGAGAAAGGCCGCUAUAUUUUCUACCUGCACCUGGCCACAGACUUUUUCAAACUUGUGAUUUAUCUGGCCUUUUUCUUUAUUCUUCUCGUUUUCUACGGCUUGCCGAUCCACAUCUUGAGGGAUGUAUUCCUGACAAUGCGGUCAUUUUUGAAACGAAUUUCGGAUUUUAUGAAAUAUCGAACGGCGACGAGGGAUAUGAACGAGCGUUAUCCAGAUGCCACCGCGGCAGAUAUUGGCCCAGACGAUGUCUGCAUAAUAUGCAGAGAAGAAAUGACACCGCAUCCCGGGCCCGUGGCGGAGCCAGGUCAACCGUCGCCACGACCAAAUCCGAUGGCCGAAAGGAUGAGGCCAAAGAAACUCCCUUGCGGACAUGUACUACACUUUUCUUGCUUGAGGAGUUGGCUAGAGAGGCAACAGAUUUGCCCUACUUGCAGAGCAAAUGUUGUUCGCCCUGCCAGGCCGAUGCGAGAAAUUCGAGAGACUCUUGGUUUCCCUCAAGAAGGUGCAGUUGCUCAGGGAGAAGGCAGACAGCCACAACCUGGGGCACGACAGGGUCCAAGGGUCUAUCAAUUUGGACCGCUCCGAAUCGGGAUCGGUGCGGCCAGGGGGAAUAACAUGUUCGAGGAUUUGCAGCAACAGCUUGGUGAUGUUCGAGCACCUGUUCCGCCCCCAGAUGGGGAUGGAGAUAUUAACGCCCCCCGGCAAUUUGGCCUAGGCUUUCGCUGGGGUGGACUGGGGCCGCAACAGAGACGCGGAAAUCUGACGACUCACGAAGAGAUUCAAGCACUGGAGAUGCAACUACAGGAGGAAAUUGAGGAAUUGGCGCGAAGUUCAGCCCAGCUGGGUGUUCUACGGUCGAUGCAGGCCGAAUUACAACGACUUCGAAAUGGUGGACCUCUACCACCAACAAACGCUGCUGCACAAACGAGUACUCCAAAUCCUCAUCUCCCUCCUCCCUCCGGCCCUCCCUCUCAACAUUCAGUUCCGCCGAGGCCGUUUAUGACACUCAGCAGCCAUCCGCAGACUUUGAUUCCAGCAGGAAGUGACAGACUGCCUCCCGGAGUUACCCUACCAGAAGGUUGGACGAUGAUGCCACUGCAACCUUACAAUCGUCAAGAAGCCAUUACCCACCGCUUUCGCAACCAGAUGUAUCAUCACCGUCAUCACCAUCAUUCUGAUAAUCCAACGGCCUUGGUUCCGCAACCUCCUGCCCAAGAAGCGACAAACGGACAAGGCUUAGGAGGAACAUCAUCGCCUCCUCAGAACACUUGGGGUCAUAACUUGUUCCAGCCAAUGCCUCAGGGCCCAGUACGCAAUGGCACUCAUCGGCCGGAGCCUACGACGGGAACCCAUGAGCAAACAGCGGCACCUCAGACGAAUGACACGCCAUCAGCAACUCCAAAUCAACCUUCAUCUAUCGCUCCUUCUAGUCGAGUGGAAGACCCAAACAUUCUCUUCAAUGGUAAUCCGGGGGAGCUCCCGGCAUGGUUGCACGAGCGAUGGCUGGCUAGUUUGAGAAAUCGCAAUGAUCAAGGUGCCCCUGGAGAUUCUUCCAACGUUACGCCUGGAAAUUCAACGGUGGCAAAUACGUCGACUGGUCCGGCAGGUUCUUCGGUUGCAAAUUCAACUUCUGUACCGGAGAACGCGCCUGCUACAGAUUCACAAGCGGCUGUAAAUGGAACCCGGCCUCACCCAUCAACUGACAUUCAUACCGCUCCCUCGGAAAAUCAACUUCUAUUGCCUUCCUGGGGUUCUUCGCCUCCUCUUGAAGGUGGUGAAGGAAGCCGUGAUCCUUCUCAAAUCAAUGGCAAUCGUGAGGAAGAAAACGCCGCAGAGCCAUCGUCAAAAACGUCCGAGCCGAAAAACAGGAAUGCUACUGUCGAGGAUUUGGUUGAAGAUCCAGAUUGA